CACAGAAUUUUAUAUACUCGUUUAUUUUCUCCGACUGACGUGUGAACAAUUGUUGUUUAUUUCCGUCGCGGACGGAAACAAAUGCUUUGACAGAUGUUCGCGAUCGUCGAAACGAAAGAUAAUCUUCUCUCGCUGCGGAAAUUUGCGACGCGCAAGUUGGAAUAAUACGCGCGGUCGGCGCGCUGAAAAUAAACGCGGAACCGCGGAACUCUGCUCCGUGAAACGCGGCAGGGCGUUUGAACUGCUCAGGAACUGUCGCGUCAUGUCGUCCCUCGUGAAAAUAGACGGCAGUCAGGGCGAGGGUGGUGGACAAGUGUUGAGAGUUGCUCUUAGUCUGAGCGCGCUGUAUGGCAUUCCUGUUGAAAUUGAAAACAUAAGAGCUGGAAGACCCAAGCCUGGUCUCGCAGCACAGCACUUAAAAGGUGUGGAACUUGUCAGAGACAUGUGUAACGCCCGUGUCAGAGGUGGAUACAUAGGAUCAACACGCUUGGAAUUUCAUCCCGGUCCGUUUGACAGGAACAAGUUGACAUUCGUAGCUGAUACGCAAACUGCCGGUUGCAUUUGCUUGCUGGCACAAGUGGCUGUGCCCUGCGCGCUUUUCUUUCCCCACAGCGACACGAUCACUCUUAUUCUUAAAGGUGGUACAAACGUUCCCAUGGGUCCGCAAAUAGAAUAUCUGACGGAGGUGUUCAAGCCGAUUUUGAACAAAUUCGGAGCGGACUUUAAUUUCACAGUUGUGAGAAGGGGAUAUUAUCCGAAGGGAGGAGGCGAGCUGCGUUUAGACAUAAAGCCGGUCAGUAGUUUAAAUGCAAUCUCUUUACUCGAUCCGGGAGUUCCAGAAAGAAUAACAGGAUGGUCUUACGUGGCUGGAGCGGUUCAUAUAAACCAAGCCAAAGAAAUGGCCUAUGAUGCCACGGCAAUUUUGAGAAAUAAAUUAGCGCAACACAACGUUAAGGUGCCGUCAAUUACGAUCGAGCCUUACAGGGAAGACAGAGCAGUAGCUGUUGGAAAUGGAUGUGGCAUCAAUAUAGUGUGCACCACUAAUACCGGAUGCGUUCUCGGCGGUUCCGGCUUGGGUUCCAACCGAACGGAGGAACAGUCGCCGGCUGAAACGGCGGCCUACGGGAUUCUGAAACCGCUUCUGGCGGGCUCAUGCGUUGACGAACAUACGCAAGAUCAGAUGAUAAUCUUAAUGGCACUAGCGAAAGGAACUUCGAGGAUCAAACUCGGACAGACGAAGCUCACUUGCCAUACGGAGACGGCCAUGCAGAUAGCGGAGAUGAUGUUGGGUAAACACGGGCUUCGUUUCAAUCUUUCGGAAAGCGCCGAAAGCGGCGAUACAUCGUCCCUCGUUCUGGAGUGCCAGGGGUGCGGACUGAUUAACGACGGACUGGAUAAAUAAUGACCUCGUGAUAUCUUGUAAUUUGUCGUUGACACAAUGUGAUUAACAAUUGUAGGUGUUGCAUCGAUCAGAUAAGUAAUUCGCGUUUGCCGCUAAAUACCAAGUUUUUAUGUUAUAAAAGCACUCACUUUUUUUUAAAUAUAUACACACAAUAUAUAAUAUACACACAUAAAUGUUAUAUAUGAUAUGUAUCGUACACUGAAAGAACAUACCAAUUUGAAAUGAAUGAUUUGUAACUCA